AGCAGAAAUAACUUUUGUGACGUCGUAUACGUAAGCCCAAAGUCAAACAAGAGCAGGGUAAGAAGUAGAAGAAGAAGAAGGAGGUGAAGGAAAAGGGAUACCCAGGGAGUUUGAGAGAGAGUUAUGGGGCAGUGCGUGUCUUGCUUAGACGAAGAGAAGAAGCAACAAAGGAAAGAAGAGGAAAGGUUAGCCGCUGCCGAAGUUCGUGCCAGAGCUGCCGAAGCUGCUGAAAAACGGCAGGAGCAGUUUGAAAAAUCUGCAGCAGGAAGAGCUGCACGUGCACAGCAGCAGAGUCUUGCAAAGCAAGCUUUAAACAGUAACAAAGGGGAACCAGUGUUAAAGUGGCAGAUGGGUGGUUCUUAAGUAUCGUUUCUGUCCAGUUCAACAACGGCUUAUUUGUUUCAAUCAUGUUCUCUGCACUGCCGGCCGGCUCAGCAAUUCAUACCUCUAUCUAACAUCCAGCCAAGGGCGAUAAACAUUUAAUUUGUAAAUUAACAAAAGAUGUUUGUAAUUAUAUUUCUUUAUUAAGAUCAAUGGUAAGGCUGCAAUGUACUUUGUGCA